AUGCAGUCCUAUGACAUUCGCGUCGAUAAUACAGAAGAUAAGGUGUCGCUACAACAGCAGGAGAACCUGACGUUAUCCGAAGGUGGGCGUGAUGAUAUUCAGCUUCAACGUCUUGGAAAGAUACCUCGUAACUGGGGUGUCCUCUCGGUUCUUGGCCUUGCCUGUACGAUCCUCGGGACCUGGGAAGGUGGUGGCUCGGCCGGAGCUGUUUACGGCUUCAUAUUCGUAUGGAUUGGCACGGCUUGUUAUUUUGUGGUCCUGGCGGAGCUUGCUUCAAUGGCCCCGACAUCCGGUGGGCAAUACCAUUGGUGUGCAAUGCUCGGUCCUAAAGAAUAUAGGAAUCUCCUCAGUUAUAUCACAGGUUGGCUCUCUGUUGUCGGCUGGCAAGCUGCCUUCGCCUCGGGUGCUUUCCUCUUCGGAACCCAGGUCCAAGGAGCAGUAAGCCUAGCAUACAACAGCUACCAUGCUAAACCAUACCAAGGAACUCUCAUCAUGUGGGCUUUCCUAUGUGUUGUAUUCGCUACGAACAUGGUAGGUGGCAGGUUCCUCCCGCGACUUGAAAGCGGACUGUUAUGUUUUCAUAUCGUCGGCUUCUUUGGCAUCAUGGUACCUUUGGUUAUCAAGGCCCACAACAAAUCAGAGGAUCAGGUUUUUGAAGAGUUUCUGAAUGGUGGAAGCUUUCCUAAUCAGGGUCUUUCUUGGUUCGUGGGACUCAGCGGUGCGGCUUUCGCAUUCGGUGGUGGCGAUGCCGCAGUGCAUAUGGCCGAGGAAUGUUCAAAUGCAGCAGCGGCAAUUCCGAAAGCGAUGAUGCUGACGGUUGUGAUCAACGGUUGUCUUGGAUUCGGGAUGCUUUUGACCAUGUUGUUUUGUAGCGGCAAUAUACAAGAUGCAUUGAGCUCGCGGAGUGGGUAUCCUUUCAUGGAGAUAUUUCUUCAAGGGACUGGUUCGAUGGGUGGCACGCUUGCAAUGGUCUCUGUGCUGCUUUUUGCCGCGGGUUGCUCGAUCUUCGGGAUGUUGGCGGCAACAUCUCGACAAUUCUGGUCUUUUUCUCGAGAUAAAGGGGUUCCAGGAUGGGUUUGGUGGUCCAAGGUCAACUCUCGACAUCUACCAGUCUCCUCCAUCGUAUUGACCGUCAUUAUCGCCGCACUCCUAGGGCUGAUCAACCUAGGGUCCAAGCUUGCACUGGAGGAUAUUUUAUCAAUGGCAUCAGUGUACUGCUCCUAUAUCGACGGUGCAAAGGAGAUAUUUCUCGUUUUAGCGAUGCAACGAGCAUGCAGACGAACCUUCCCGGAGCCAGGCUGGCCUGAGGUCCAUUUCAUGUGCCUGGGAUUUUUGGUAUCCUUGUCAACGGCUUUACAGUGA